AUGGAAGCUUUACCGUGUAAAGUUGAAUUGUUUCGGCGGAGGAUUGUCUCGGACCCGUUGUGCGAUAUUUGUGGAAUAGAAUCCGAUUCCUUGCCGCAUAUUUUCUUUCACUGUCAUGGAGUUAGGCAGGUGUGGGAACAUUUACCAAUUUCUCUACCCACUAGCGACAUGAAUCCCUCGGUUUGGAGCUGGGUGAGCAGAUUGGCCCGAGAGCUUUCCGUAGAACAGUUUCACCUGGCUGCAGUGGUUCUCUGGAGUAUUUGGGAUCGCCGGAAUAAGCUGCUGCAUGGUGAUGGAUAUCGGGCAUUUGGGGAAAUUGUGGGAUGGAGCAGCACGUACAUGGAAUCAUAUCGUGGAGCUCGUUUGAGUCGUAGCAUCGUCGACAAGCGGUCCCAUGCCAUCUUGUGGUCUCCGCCACCAAUAGGGGUGAUUAAAAUUAACGUUGAUGCAGCUUUUCCGCAAGGUAAUGAUCACUAUUACACAUCUAUGGUUGCUAGAGAUUCACAAGGUCAAAGUGUGUGGUGGCAGAAUUUUCGGCAUCUUGGCCGCGUGUUACCUGCCGAGGGGGAAGCUCGGGCUGUUUUGCAAGCUACUAUUAUGGCGUUAAGUUUAGGAUGGCCUGACAUUAUUAUUGAGGGUGAUUGUCUCCCAGUGAUCGAUGCGCUUAAUGGCCGAGGAUCUUCACUUACUUCAUUCGGCGCUAUUAUUGAGGCGGUUUUAGCUCGCACUUGUCUCUUCUCUUCUAUUUCCUUUUCUUUUGUAAGGUGUGAUGCCAAUAAACUAGCUCACGAAAUUGCUUCGCGUGAGUAUUUGGAUUCAUUGGAAGGUGUAACCCUCCCUCCGUUUCUGGCCAUGAGUGCCUAA